AUGGAAAAGGUGGCAGUUAAGGGAAGCUUAUUUGAUGAUAAUGUGGAUGUUAAUGAUUAUGAAGUUAUGCGAAAGAGACUAAAUUUCCUGGGGGGAGAAAUGAUUUUGCCACCAAAUAGCAUGAAAAGUGUUAUUGACAAGACAGCUGUUUUUGUUAAAAAGAAUGGAAAAAUAUUCGAACAGAAAAUAUAUAAGGAGAAGGAAAAACAAUUCAGUUUUAUAAACCCCACACAUCCGUAUUUUUAUUAUUAUCAGUACAAGUUACAUGAACUGUUUAUAGGAGGCGAAGAAAAAAAUAUAGUUCCUAGGGCUAUUCUAGAAAUAAAAAAAAGAGAAGAUUUAAAUAAAGCAAAUAAUAAUGAACACAUAUUAAAAAUAUGUGAUUUUAUAAAAGAAGAUAAUAAACAAGAAAAAAAUAAAAUUAUUUAUUCAAUAGAUGAUGAAGUAAAUGAGGAAAACACACAAGAAAAGGAAGAGAACAUUGAAAUAAAGGAAGACAUUUACACACUUAUAUCCCCAUUACUCAGUUCUGUGGAUGUAGAUUUAAUUAAAACAACAGCUUUGUUUGUUGCAAGGAAUGGAAAUAAAUUUUUAAAUGAACUUAUAGACAGAGAAAAAAAUAAUAGUCAAUAUGAUUUCUUGAGAGCAAAUAAUUUAUACUUUAGCUAUUUUUCGAAACUAAUCGAUAUAUAUGUUAAAUGCUUAAUUCCAAAUAAUGACAUAAUGAAUAAAAUAAAAAAAUACUCAAAUAAUAAAAGUUAUAUUAUAAACUAUACGUAUAGUUACUAUAAUUUCAAUAUGAAAAAAAAAGAAGAAGAGGAAAGGAAAAUGGAACAAAAAGGAAAAUGUGAUACCUUCUACGAUUGGUCAAACUUCUCCGUUGUUGAAACAAUUAACUUUGACGAAGAUGCCGAUUGUCUUCCCCAAUCAAUUGAUUUUAAUAAUGUAGAGAAUUAUGUAUUAAGUCAGCUGUUCGAUACAGAUAAGAAAUACACCAAUUUGGAAAAAAUAAAAAACAUUUCUUAUCAUGAUAGUAAUGCAAAUAAAACCGUUUACGGAGAUGAAGACAUGACGGAACACAUGGAAAAUGAGGUUUAUGAUGCAGAAACGGAUAAGCAGUAUACGGAUCAAGCAGAAGGAGAGGAAGAAUACAAAGGAGAAGAAGUUGGAGAUAUAAGGAAAAUGAAAAGUAAAUAUCAUAAUAAUGAAUAUGAACAGGAAUCUAUCGAUAGUUCCCAAGAAAAAGAUAAUGAUGAUACAGGUAAAAAAUACAUCAAGAAGACACAAAAAGGACAUAAAAUGGAUGAAAUAAAUACAGGACCAGCAGGUGAUAACGCACCAAAUGAAGAGAAAGCUGCAGAUAAAAAGAGCAUCAACGAAGACGAUGACGACGAUGAUAAUGAAGAAAGAAUUAUAGUUGUAAAGAAUUACGAAAAAUCCAAAAAACAUAGAUUAAAUAAUCAAAAUAUGCACUUGUGCCCAAUUACAAAUCAACCAGUUGACAUAAACGAUAUGACGAAACAUUUGAAAACGUUAUUAUUGGAUCCACAGUGGAAGGAACAAAAAGAUAAAUUAUAUGAAAAGGCAAAGAAAGAAGCAUCCUUCACACCCCUUGAAGAUAUAGAAGGUAAUUUAUCACUUUUUGUUAUUAACAGACCAGAUCUAUUUGGCUCCAUUGACGAAGAAAUUAAUGAACAUACAUUAAAUGAAAAUAAAAAAAACAUGAAAAAUAUAAAGACGAAUAAAAAGGAAGAAGACGUCUAUAGUUACAUUCAUAAUAUUUACAACAAAAUAUUGCCCGGACCAUCCAUGGCUCACUACCCGCAAAAUGGGGACAACACAAAGAAAGAUUCGAAUGACCAAAAAAGUAAAAAACAAAGAAAAAACUAA